AUGAAAGCAGUUGAAGAGCUGUUCUCGAAAGCAUCCGGUGCGGUGAAAGAGCUUGGCAAUGCCGCCGAAGGUGGAUUCGCUCUGUUGGGGCACAUCAUAGAGGAGACGGUCAUUCCAGCACCAAAAGCCAGAGAAGAGCAAGUCAUACCACAGGAGCUGAGGAAUGUUCCAACCGCCAAGUCGCUGGAUGCGGACGUGGGGUCUGCAGAACUCCCUGACCUUUUCGACAGUCUGAUCAUAGCUCCGGCGGCAACGCCGAAGCUCGACAUGGACCUCUCCGAAGGAGACAAGGUGCAUGUGUGGAGCAAGACCAAGGGAACUUGGAUCGAAGAUGGGAAGAUUUUAGAGAUUUCCCAGUACGAUGUGCCAACAUCUCAGGAAGGAUCGGUGUUGACCGCUUUGCGGAAUUGCGCGGGAGCCCUUAGCGACCUGGUGGAGAUUGGUGUGCCAGGGCCUUUUGGCAGUGGGGUACCUGACAAGGAGGCUGAGAUUGGUAGAUCACCCCUGAAAGAAGCAGAGAAGAAUAAGGAAGGACCACCAAAGGAGGAAGCAGACGAGGAGAAAGCUGGCAAGAAAGAAAAGUCCAAAGAAAAGAAGCCCAAAGGAGAUAAGGAAGCCCGGAAGACAGAGAAGAGGGAUAAGAGGAGUAAGAAAAAGAACCCAAGCAAAAGUCCCGACAAGAAGGCCGACAAAGAAGGGAAGGAGAGAGGCGAGUGGGGACCAGCCCUGGAGAGCGCCCGGAGUCGAAAGACUCUUACAGGAAGAGAAAAGUCGGAAUCACCAAGAGACAGGCGAGAUAGGGAAGAGCGUCCCAGAGGAGACAAGAGGCCUAGAGAAGAGAGGGUCGAGGAGAACUUGGAUCGGGAGGUCGAGGAAGACCCGAGACGGUUCGAGUUGAGACAGAUCCCCAUUAGAGGGUCAGCAGGUCGGAGGAGCUACGACGGUCCAAUCCCUGCCGGGAGCCGACCACCUCCAGAGCCAGCAGGCUCACCACCGAAGGAAGAUCGGGUAGACAUGGCGCCAAAAGCGAAAGUGCAUCCUAUGGCAAAAGUGCGAGUGAAAGCCAAAGCAAAGCCAAAAGGAGUCGGGAAAGCCAAAGCAAGAGGUGUAGCCCUGGUGCGGGGUCGGGGCCGGAGGACCCUGAGGCGCCCUGCCGGGGUUCCGCCGGAUGUGGACCGCGCUCAGCCUCAGAAGGUGGCUUGGGAUGCCGGCCAUACAGUCCGAGGGGGAGAUAUGAGCCUCGAUUGGCUGCGCGGCGAGACAGGUCUGGUGGUGGAGGAAGCGCGAUACUUCCACAGGACCUGCAAGGUCGCCGGAGCCGUGGUCGGAACCCUGUAUUCGGGGAAUCACGUAGAAGUGAGGCUGAAACCCACGGGAACGACAGACGAGGGCAUUCUCAAGCUUCAGAGUGGCCAGCCGAGGUUAGAACUGAGGGUUCUUCUUUGCAAUCCGGCUUGCAACCACGAGGAGACCGCGGAAGAUCUAGUCCAUGGACUGCGGAUCCGAAAGCAGAGGCCGGCCGACGGGGAGGAGCCCUGGGUGAACAAUCUAGAGAAGGUUGCCGGCCUCGAGGGGCCGGACGAGUUGGAAAGACUCCGCACGGAGAUGGAGGAGAGGCGCAAAGCAGCCGACGCGCCCCGCACUGGAGCCGAGCCGAAGAAAGAGAAGGGCAAGAAGGAAAAGAAGGAGAAAAAGAAAAAGAAAGAAAAAGAAAGAAAGAAGAGCUCCACCAGCGGGGACUCCGUCUCCGGGGUAGCAGCCCUGGAUGGGACGAAGGCCAGACAGGCAUCCCAGAAAAAGCCAAAAGCGUUGUUCGCAGGUACGGGGCUAGAUCCCUUGGACAAAGUGAGGAGCCGCGCACUACAGUUGGCAAAGAGGUAUGUGAAGAAAAAGGGAAAGAAAGCCAGCAGCGACUCAGACAGCACGAGCGGCAGCUCACAAGGAGCCCGGUUGGAAGAGGAGUCGGAGACGAUCUUCCAGCAAGCAGCUCGCGUGCGGGGGAUUGCCGACGCCUACCCAGGCGUUCUGGCAAAUCAAGCCCUGGGACAGAUGCGAGCGAACCUCCUCCAGACCCUGGGAGAGGCCGAAGGCGUGAAUACUCUCCCAGUGGUUGCAGUUCAAUACUACCGUCAGGUAUUGCAAAAGAAAUCAAGUGGUCCGAUGAGUCGGGAGCUCCUCACACUUUGCGCUGCCUCCGACCUCUUAGCGCGAGGGAAGGCGGCACAAUGCCUCGACUUGCUGCUGCAGAGGGUGAAGAGUGCAGAAUCAACGCUAUCCGGGACCCACUGGUCGGUAGCCCAAAAGUUGGAGCUAUUGCCAAGCGAGCAAUCAAGUCUCACGGAUGCAGCAGAGAUGCGGGAAGCACAGCGCAUAGCGUUCGAGGAGUCCAAAACAAGAUGGAUGUCCUCUUUGCCCGAAGGCAGACCCCUAGGAUCGCAGAAGGGGGGAGGAAAAAAGGGCAGUGGAAAAGAGGACUACAGGCGUGGAGCAGAUGGCAAAAAAGGAGGGAAAGGACAAGGAAAGAAAAGGGAGAAUGGAAGAAGCCAGAGGAUUCCACGCCAAAAGCCAGCUGAGCAGGGAGAAAGAGAGGUCGCAGUGGAGAGCGAAAAGAUUGAGGAUGCGCCGUAUGAGGGAGGAUUGGCAGUGGCCUCCCCGGCGGAGAAAUUGAAGCAGCUCUCCCUUCGAGGCUUGGCGACCGGUGGGAUGCCCUAUAAAGCCUCGGAGCAAUCAUCGCCUGUGGCGGCGGAGCCAAUCGCAGUGGCGACAGGGUCAAAUGACCUUGGCACAGGCCACUUCGUUUCUGGCGACCAUCAGCCGCUCGAGUGCCAUGGAGGAAAAAAGGUUUUUGGGAAUACUUGCGUUGAUGGUUUACCCCUGGGUUGGUGUGGUUGUGAUUUGUUGCAGUAUCUCCUAGAGGUUUUGUCACUCCGCAGCCAGACCACGGGCAGAGGAAGCAAAGGAGGGAUAUUUCCGCUGCCCACCUCUAGGGAACGUUUGCUGGUUUUUGACCCAGGGUUGACUGAGUUUGAAGUUUUCUGGUGUUUGUGUGUUUGUGUUAGUUUGAACUCGUUUUGGGGAAGCGAUUUGACCAGUGAAGAUGAACUGAAUGAUGCCCAGCGUGCUUGUAUGGGCGAGAUCCUGAAGGAUGUCAUGAGAGUGGUACAUCUGAAGGAAGCUGUCUCUGGUGUGAACUGGUCAGAGUUUUUCUCGGUUCGAUCCAUUGACUAUAAAGGUGAUGAAGUCAAGGUGGCCCAGUGGUUCACUUGGAGUAAUAUUGGCCCGGCGCUUCCGAAGGAGGUGGGUGUUGUCCCACUUGCGGAGGUUUGUACUCACGGGUGUCGUGACUAUGUACUCCAUUUUGAGAGGUACCUCAAACCGUCUGCCGAAUGGGGAAGUGUACCCAGGCCCAGGGUCAUGGUUUCCGACGAAGACUGGCCGGCAGUGUGCCAAGGGCUGGUAGCCUCCAGGGUGUGUGUUUUUAUCCCCGAGGAGGACGUUUUUUGCACUGAUCAAGGCCCGUUGCUCAAUGGAAUGUUUGGGGUCAGCAAAGAAGAGUUCACCCCUGAGGGUGUCGAGGUUGGUGUGUUUGCACACGUUAUCGCGUGGCCGCAGUAG